UUUUAGCCUUUCUCUUACUAGCCUGCUAAAAUUUCAUCAUUCUACAGCUAGCUUUUUGUGGUGCUGUCUAUCCCGCGAUAGUGAAAGAUAUGAUUAUUUUGUUAUGUAGUCAUGAAUCAUGAUAGUGGCCUACAAAUCACCCAUUUCGGCUUUUGUUGCUACAAAUCAUGGUCACCAUAAUUAUAAUCGCUAUUUCAAAGUGAUGGUAGGUACAUAAGAAAGGGAGCGUGAAAAAUAAAUACGCAACGCGUUAUGUUCUUAUAAAUGUUUUAUUACAUAUGCGCCGUAUCGUAGUGAUUACAUUUUCUUUGCGCCGUAUGCCUAUGCGCCAAACAAAUGUUUUUCUUUUCAAUAAGAUCCCGUGCAGCGUGCCGCGGACUUUGUCCGACCAAGGUCUGACCGACACAGGCAGACUAGAUUGAACCACCAACUAUCCACGCUGCACUGCGCAGUUUAAUUACAGACUUACAAUCUUGUCUGUCUGAGUCGGUCAAACCUAGGUCCACAAAGUCCAAGUCCAAAGGAUUAUGUAUAUAAUCGAUCGACUGAAUCUGCUCGGCUGGAUUGGAUUAAGCCAACAUUACGUCAGUUUUUUUUUUUGACUUUGACAUUUGACUUGUUUUCGAAUUUACGUCCGUUAUCUACCAGUCGUUGUCGUUGAACAUAUUUUUAAUUCUUUGCUUUCUACUGUUUUGUUUUUAUUUGAGUAGCACUAAAAUAGCACAAAAGAGUAGUUUUUAUUAGUUCGGUGAUAUUAACGUCGAAAGUCCCCUCGGGAUAAUCUGAAGCGAAUGUUUUCAAAUAUUUUGAAUACGAGUUCUACGCCUAAUGAGUCGAGUAAUUUAAAGAAUAUCUAUCAAAAAUUUCAAAAUUUUCUCGGUCGCGGCGAUUCAAGUAGUGAGAAAAUAAGUCCGGAAAUUAUGUUGUCUUCCAGAGGAAGUGCUGCUGCCUCAGACGAUAGUUUUAUAACCCCAGCUUCAUCAAUGGGGGAUCUCAUGGCUUUAUCGCCAAAAAAAUCAUCCGCCGAUGUAUCUCGGCAACCUGACGUAACUGAAGAUUUCCUCACAGGGUACGAUAGCAUAUGUGAUGUGACUAUGCAAGAAGUUCCGGCUUACGACGAUAUGUUCAUAGAUGCAACUAGUUUGGACUACCUUGUCAAGUGUGCCGAGUCUAAUCGCAAUCACAACCAAAUCGACCGCGGCAAGGAGAGCUUGUUUGUGAAGUUUGAUCCGCUGUAUGCUAGACAAAAACUGAUAAACACAGAGUCACCAAAUACUGAGUCAACUGGGGACUCUGAAGUGGAUGUUGGAUAUGAAACUGGCAGUGCAGCUUCAGUAUUUGUUGACAACCAUGUAGCUUCCCCGAAACACUCUCAAUCAACUGGAUCAAUCCUGUUAUCUACUAAGGAUAAACCAAUGCAAGUAGUACCACCAGUUGUAAACUGUGAUGCACCUAAACAAAGUUCUGCUCAGACACGAUCAACUCCAGCAUUGAUGCGUAGCGUUUCCGCGAUUUUGACCCCAACUCAAGUAGCCACAGAGAGAUUGAUAAGUAUUUCGGGUAGCACACCACCCACUGCCGCACCUCGCAGUCCUCGCUUCAGUAAUUACAGUACUCAAGAUGUUGAUCGCCUUCAAACCUUAAGAACCAUUCUCCAGAGACAAGACCAAGAAGUGUUACAACUAAGACAGGAAAACAGGGAAUUAAGAUCAACAUUACAAGACAUGGAAUACAAAUAUUCCCGAGUCACAGAAGAUUUGGAAGCCAAAGUUAAGAAAUUGACUGACGAAAGAGAUAGCUUACAGGAGAAAGAGAAUAGGUUGAUGCAGCAAAUCAAUGACAAGAUAAUGAGUAACAAACAAAUGAGUAUUGUUAUGGAGGAGUAUGAAAAAACUAUUUCAUCUUUAAUAUGUGAGCAGCAGCGGGACAAACUCCAGUCUCAAGAAAUGCAGGAAAAGUUAGAGUCAGAGAGAGAUCAGGCUUUGAAUCACCUCACGAGCAUGGAGAGUUCCUUUAAUGAUCUGUUAGCUAAAUAUGAAAAGUGUAAAAGUUUGAUAGUAGAGGUCAAAGAAAGGGAGAAAUUGUUUGAGCAAAAGAUAUCAGAAUAUGAAAUUGGUAUGAAAAAGUAUGAAGUGCUCUAUAACAAUAUAAAGGAGGUUACAUCGGAUAGUCUGUCUAAGGCAAAUGAAACCCUGGAUAGCAUUAAAAAGAACCACAAUGUUGAGAUCACAAAGCUCAAUGCUACUAUCAAAAAGCAUGAAAUUACUAUUGCAUCUCUGCAAGAGUCUCUUGCGCAGAAAACUAGAGACAAUGAAGAGUUGACUAGGAUAUGUGAUCAGUUGAUUAAUGAAGUCCGUUGAACAGCUCCCUCCGUAACUAGGUUCUUAUGCUUGGUGCUUCUUUCUGACAUUAUUUGGAAUCGUUACUGUCCAAUAUUGUCAUAAAUUUUCCUGUGAUGAAAGCAACUCUAUUCAACAUUUUAGUUUUUAGUAUUGUUUGUGUUUGAUUUUAUACAUUGACAUUUUUGAAAAUUUUAGAUUCUGUUGCCAUUUUAUUUGUAUUGAUAACCCAUUACUACUGUUGAAAGAUUUUGAAUUCUGAAAGCAAUAAUGCUUUAUUUUGUAUAGCAAUGAUCUUGGAAUUAUAAAUUUUGACCAUCUAUUCGAUUUCACUUUGUUGAAAAAUUUACAAGGAAAGGAGAUCUGAUUUUAUAUAUUAACUAUUCAUUUCUUGAUAUAUUCUCAUUAUCAGUAUUUAACAGUGUUUUAAUUUUGUCUAAAUCCUAUAUCUUUUAUUAUUAUGGACCACAUUAUCAUGUGUAGUAAAUAAUUGUCAAUCCAAAACUUCAAAUGAAUAUAAUAAUAAUGACUUUAUUUAAAGACCAUUGUAAAUUCACUGUUCAUUUAUAAGAAAAAUUAAAUUGACAAAACAAACCUAGGAGUCAAAAUUGCAUUUUUAUACUUUUUUGCUUCAUAAAUUUUUGACUUCAUUAGGGUUAAUUGAUUUGCAAAUCUACAGAUUUGUAAUAUUGUAUUAUUCAGAAAUACUAGUUGCUAUCAUGUUCAUUAUUAUGUAUGUACAAAACUUACAGUACAGUUUACUUAGAUAUCUGAUUUUCUGAUCUUUGCCAUAUAUUUUAUACUUUGGUUGUUAUCAUGAGUGUUGGAGCGUUUACUUUCUCUGCUUUGUUUAGACUGCGAUUUAUAAAUAAAGUACUUACCUAUAUAGGAUUAA